AUGGACCGGGGGUCCACCUUCUAUUUCCUCAGCCCACGUGCAUCGCGUGGCAAUGAUAAGGCCGGCAGUCCAAGGCCGGAACUCCUCUUCCCUCGUCGUGCCAAUAAUAAACGAUAUGUCGUGCCCCUCCAGCCGCCGCCGCCGCCGCCGCGGCACCGGCACGGGCGCACGGCACCUCCCCCGCAGGCUGCGGAGGCGAGGGACUGGGCUUCGCUGCCCCGGGACAUUGUUCUGGACAUCUUCCUCAGGCUGGGGCCACGCGAGGUCAUGCUGGGCGCCGAGUUCGCGUGCAAGCCGUGGCGCAGCGUCGCGCUUGAGGAACCCUCUCUUUGGCGCCGCCUCGGCAUGGAGAAGGCCUCCGACAAGCACUGGCGUUGGCGUCACGUCGGUGUGGAGAUGGCCAUGAAGCUCGUCGCCGUGGAUCGCGCCGCGGGAGAGUGUGAAGCCUUCAAAGGAGACUUUGAUGAUGAAUAUCUGCCGAAUCUUGUGGAAAGAGGACCCUCUUUGAAGUGCCUCCACAUUGAUGAUUAUUACAAUGAUUAUGAAUCAUAUGAAGGUUUAGUUGAAGCACUCAUGAAACUCCCCAUCCUUGAGGAGUUACAAGUUUAUUUCAGUAAUAUUAUUGAAGAUAGGGACGAGAACAUGCUCCAAUCCAUUUGCAAGGCUUGCCCUCAUCUUAAUAAGCUCAUUUUGAUGUAUGCUGCGUCCUUUGACCUAGAGUGCAACGAGGAUGAAUAUUCGAAGGAGAGAAUUGAUGGAGAAAUUCCAUUGAUGCCGAAGUUACACACCUUAAAACUAUAUGAGUGCGAACUCAAGGGUGAGGGACUAAAAGCCAUACUUGACAGUUGUCCAGUACUGGAAACUCUACACAUAGAUGGCUAUUUCGACAAGUGUGAGAUGGAUAAGGAGCUGCGUAUGAAAUGUGCUAGGGUGAAGAAUCUUACUCUUCCCACCAGAGAGUGGAGCGACAUUUAUGACGUUGAGGAAGAAUAUUAAUCUUCUAGUACUGAUUCACAGAAGGAGUAAAGGUUGCAUUGAGAGGGCCAAGAUUACAACAGCUACCAGCUAGAAAUUGCCUCCCAUCCUCAUUUGUCUCAGUUACAAAGAAACCUGCUAUUGUCGUUAUAUCAUAAUAAUUUGUUUUUCAUAGACUCAAAUCUAUUAUGAUCUUGGUAGCAACAAUAAUCACAUUAAUUACUUCAUGCAGGACUUCCUAUCAGGAAAUGGUGGAUGAGAAAACAUAUUGGCUUUUGUUCCA